AUGCACGUCUUGUCCCGACUAGUGGUCACAGGCGGAGUACUGGGCCUGUGGCUCCAGUCAGUGGCCGCGCGGGCACAAUGCGCCCAAGUCUCGUCGACGGAUACGUACGACUACAUCGUGGUGGGAUCUGGCGCGGGCGGCAUCCCGAUGGCGGACCGCCUGAGCGAGGCUGGACAUAAGGUCCUACUGAUCGAGAAGGGCCCGCCGUCGACGGGAAGAUGGGGCGGCACGAUGAAGCCGAACUGGCUGACCAAUACGAACCUGACGCGCUUCGAUGUCCCCGGUCUGUGCAACGAGAUCUGGGCCGACCCGACGGGGAUCGUCUGCACCGAUGUCGACCAGAUGGCCGGCUGCGUGCUCGGCGGCGGCACGGCCGUCAACUCGGGGCUCUGGUGGAAGCCUCACCCGGACGACUGGGACGUCAACUUCCCGGACGGGUGGCGCAGCAAGGACGUGGCCGCCGCCACGGACCGUGUCUUCUCCCGGAUCCCCGGCACCAUCUGCCCGUCGAUGGACGGCAAGUGGUACUACCCGCAAGGCUUCGACAUGCUCGGCGGCAGCCUCAAAGCAGCGGGCUGGAACUACAUCGUCCCCAACGACCACCCGGACAUGAAGAACCGCACCUACGGGCACAGCACCUUCAUGUUUUCCGGCGGCGAGCGAGGCGGCCCCUUGGCCACGUACUUAGCUACCGCGAGCAGCCGCAAGAAUUUCACCCUAUGGACAAACACCAUAGCAAAGCGGGUUGUCCGCCAAGGCGGCCAUGCCACAGGCGUCGAAGUCGAGUGCAACGGUGCGGGCCAUGCCGGCGUGGUGUCCCUCACCCCGAACACCGGCCGAGUGAUCAUCUCGGCCGGCGCUUUUGGCUCAGCGAAGCUGCUGUUCCGAAGUGGUAUCGGACCGACGGACCAGCUGAACAUCGUCAAGAACUCGACCGAUGGGCCGACCAUGAUCUCAUCCGACCAGUGGAUCAACUUGCCAGUCGGUUACAAUCUGAAUGACCACGUCGGCACUGACAUUGAGAUCGCUCACCCCUCCGUUGUCUUCUACGACUACUACGGCGCCUGGAGUAAGCCCAUCGCCAGCGAUGCCCAGCAGUACAUAGCCAACCGGAGUGGUCCGCUGGCCCAAGCGGCUCCUAACCUGGGACCUAUUGCCUGGCAAAUCAUCAAGGGCAGCGAUGGCAUCUCUCGCCACAUCCAGUGGCAAGCUCGAGUGGAGGGCUCGAAAAGCACGUCGAUGACCAUCACGCAGUAUCUAGGCACCGGCACAGUCUCUAGAGGGCGCAUGACCAUCACGAGGCAGCUGAACACGGUCGUGUCCACGCCCCCCUAUCUCCGAGAUGCCCAUGACAAAGAGGCGGUCAUCCAGGGCAUCGACGACUUCCGCAACUCGCUGAAAGACGUGGCCAAUCUCACUUGGAUUAACCCCAGGGCCGACGUCACCUCGGAGCAGUUUGUGAACUCGAUACCCGCCACACCUGCACGGAGGUGCUCCAAUCACUGGAUCGGCACGGCCAAGCUCGGCACCGACGACGGGAGAAGCGGAGGAACAGCUGUGGUGGACCUGGACACCAAGGUAUACGGGACGGACAACAUCUUCGUUGUGGACGCGUCUAUCUUCCCUGGGCACAUUACGGGCAACCCGUCAGCGGCCAUCGUCAUUGCGUCAGAGCACGCAGUGACCAGGAUUCUUGCGUUGCCGGUGCCGAAGGCGGUGGCCACGUCUUCUUGA